AUGGGCACAACAGAUCGGGGAGGAGGCGGGAUCGGUGCAUCGUCUGCCGGUAUGCUGCGGGACGGUCCUCCCGGUCCCCCCCGAUCUCCCUUGUCCCCCCUGGAGCGCGGUGUGAAGCGGCACAUUCCCAAUCUGCUCACGGUCGGACGGCUCGUCGGCGCGGGGGUGUUCAUCGCGCUGCUCAGCGUGUGGGAUACGGCCUCGGAUCCGGCUCUGCUGCUCGUGAGCGCCGCCGUCUUCGCCAUCGCGGUGGUGACGGAUGCCCUGGACGGGUACCUGGCCCGGAAAUGGGAGGUCGUGUCCAUGUUUGGGCGGGUGAUGGACCCGCUCGCGGACAAAGUAAUCGUGCUCGGCGGGUUCGUGAUGCUCGCCUCGCCCGCGUUCGUGCUUGGCGACGGGCGGAUGCUCAGCGGCGUGGCAUCGUGGAUGGUGGUGGUCAUCCUCGCCCGGGAACUGCUCGUGACGGCGAUCCGGUCGGUGAUGGAGGCGCGGGGGAUCGACUUCUCGGCCUCGCUCUCCGGGAAGCUCAAGAUGAUCCUGCAGUCGGUGGCAAUCCCGGCGAUCCUCGUGCUCGCGUGGAUGCACCAGAACGGCGACGGCGCGGGGUGGAUCGUCGAGGCGAACCGGUGGGUUGCGUGGGCGGUGGUGGCGGUGACCGUGGUGUCCGGCGUGCCGUACGUGACGCGGGCGGAUUCGGUACUGGAUCGCCUCGGCGACGUGAGCGACGGUGAUGGUUUCUUCGGCGCUGAUGUCCGCGAUGGUGAGGGCGGUGCGGCGGAUCUUGUCGUAGGCGUCCUCGGCGAGGCGAGCGUAUUCGUCGAGCUGGCGGCCGCGGAGGUUGGCGUUGAUUGUGAGGCCCUGCCUGCCGCGUUGGAUUUCGCGGGCUCGGAGGUAGCGGUCCAUCUCACGCUGGCUGUUGGCGUCGUCGGGGAGUGUGCCUUUGGGCGUGGGGUUCAUCGCGGCGACAAGCUGGAAAUUGGCGGGGAAGCGGACGCUGGAGUGCGCCCGGGAGAUGGUGACGUGGUGGUCUUCCAGCGGUUGGCGCAUGGUCUCGAGGACCGGGCGUGGGAACUCGGGGAGCUCGUCGAGGAAGAGGAUGCCUCGGUGGGCGAGGGUGAUCUCACCGGGUCGCGGGAUGAUGCCGCCGCCGAUGACGGCGCUGGCGCUCGCGGUGUGGUGCGGCGUGCGCACGGGUCGCGUUGUGGCGAGGCCCGAGUCGUGGCGGCGGCAUCCCUCGGCGAGCUGACCGCAGAUGGAAUAGAUGCGCGUGACCUCGAGCGCCUCUUCGGGCGUCAUGGGCGGGAGGACGCCCGGGAAGGCUUUGGCCAUCAUGGAUUUGCCGGUCCCGGGCGGGCCGAGCAUGAGGAGGUUGUGCCCCCCCGCUGCCGCGACGGUGAUGGCGCGCUUGACGGGUUCCUGGCCUUUGACGUCCGCGAAAUCGAUCUCGGCGGUGGCGUCCGCGAUGAGGCCGGCGACGUCCACGGGCGGGUGCGGCUCGGCGUCGAGCAGGCCGUUGAAGAUGGCGACGACUUCGUUCAGCGUGCGCACGCCGAGGACGUUGACGCCGUCGACGACGGAGGCCUCGGCGGCGUUCUCCGCGGGGACGAUGACGCAGGGGAUCCCGAGUUCGAGCGCGAGGGAGGCGAGGACGAUGGCGCCUCGGAUGGGGCGGACGCGCCCGUCGAGGGCGAGUUCGCCGGCGAUGAGGCAGUGUUCCGGCCUGAGCGGAUCGCCGGUCGGCCUCUCCUCCAGGAGACCGACCGACGAAUCCGAACAGGUGGUCGAUCCGGACAUCGCGAGCUUCGGGGCUGGGUCGCGCGGGCGGAUCACUCCCGACGCGAGGAGCACCCCGACGGCCAUAGGCAGGUCGUAGACGGGGCCUUCCUUCCGGACAUGGGCUGGGGCAAGGUUCACCAGCAGUUUGCCCGGAGGAAAGCGGUAGCCUUCGUUGUGGAUGGCGGAUCGGACACGGUCGAGCGAUUCCUUGACGGCCUGGUCGGGGAGCCCGACGAUGGUGGAGCCGGCCAGGUCGGUCGGCGCGAGAUCGAACUCGAUCUCGCAGGGGAUGCCGUCGAUGCCUUGCAGGAUGAAGCUUUUGCGUACGCGAAGGCUCGGCCCGGGUAUCCCGAUGGGGCGAUGGCGUGGGUUGUCGAGGGGCUUGAUGAAUCGGGCGCCGCGGUGGACGUCGGGGCCGGCACGGGGCUUUCGACGCGUGGGCUCGAGCGGGCGCUUGGCGAUGGAUGGGAACUCAUCGCGGUGGAGCCGAACGCGUCGAUGCGGGAGGCCGGCGCGUCGUCCGGGCGGGCGCGGUGGGUCGACGGGACGGGCGAGGCGACGGGGCUCGCGGAUUCGAGCGCGGACCUGAUCGUCGCGGCUCAGGCGUUCCACUGGUUCGAGCCGGAUAAGGCUAUGCGCGAGUUCCGGCGCGUGCUGCGGCGGGAUUCGGGGCGGGUCGCGCUCGUCUGGAACACGCACGACACCGCGGUCGAAUCGAUGGCGGCGUACAAGGCGAUCAUGAUGCGGCACGCGACGGAGCCCCCCGCUUCUCCGUCGUGCUCGGGGUGGAAGAGCGCGGAUGUCUCGGCGAUUGAGAAUUGCGGGCUCUUCGGCGGCGUUGAAUCUCGCGUGUUCUCGAACGACCAGGUGCUCCCGCUCGACGGGUUGAUCGCGCGGGCGGCGAGUUCUUCGUACAUCCCGAGCGAGGGCGCUGGGUACGAGGCGUUGUGCGCGGAUCUGCGCGCGCAUUUCGAGCGGUAUCGCGAGGAUGACCGCGUGCGGCUGGUCUACGAUACGACCGUGUACCGCGCGGAGGCGCUGGGCGGCGACGCGCGCGUGCGCGAGCUUGUCGAGACGUUCUACGACGUCAUGGACGAGAAGUACGCGCACCUCCGGGGUCUGCACGCGGAGGACCUGACGAAUUCCCGGCUGACUCUUUACGAGUUCCUCUCGGGGUGGCUCGGCGGGCCUUCGAUCUACAUCCAGAAGUACGGGCACCCGCGUCUUCGGAUGCGCCACGCGCACGUGGUGAUCGACGACCGGGGGGUGAUGGAGUGGAUCUCGUGCAUGGACGAGGCGAUGGACGCCUUGGGGAUCGAGGGAGACCUGCGCGCGUUCCUCGACCAGCGGUUCGCGCACACGGAGGUUCCCGUGGGUCGGCUUGGUAUGGCGCUCGUGUCGCUGUCGCUCGUUUUCUGCGCCCCGGCCGGGCUGGCCGCGUCGGACGGCGCUCCCGUGCUGACGAGGCACCGGACGAACGUCCGCGACUGGACGGUUCGCAUCUACGUGAACCUGCGCCCCGACCGGCAGCGACGGGACCCGGCCGUGCCCUUCGAGCAGUUCCAGCUCCCGCAGAGCGGGUACAUCCAGUUCGAUCGGGCGACGUGCGCGUUCCCGCUGCUGGUGGAGAGCUCGAGCCACGAGGCGUACCUGGAACGGCUCGAGACGAGCGCGAUGAUCAAGGGGCACGUCGCGACGCGGGCGAGCGUUGUUGAUAUCGGCCCGUUCCCGGACGAGCGCGAGGCGGUGUACGAGCUCGGCCCGGUGCGGAUGCAGGACAUGAUCUCCUUCCGGCUCGAGUACCCGAUGACGUGCUACGAGACACGCAUCGAUGAGGGGCGGGCCUUCGAGAUCGAGUGGCCGAGGGAGCUGUGGCCGGAAGAGGCGCUGGCGUACCUGGGCCCGCAGGCGUACGUCGAGUCGGACCACGACGACGUGGCGGCGCUGGUGGAGGCGUGGACGAAGGGCAACCCGCGGAAGGCGAAGCCGUACUACCUCGCGAAGUUCCUGACGGGGCGUGUGCUGGAGCACUACUCGCCGACGGAGGGGAUCUACCGCGAGCAGGGCGUGCCCCGUCUCGGGCGGGUCGAGGGGACGGAAUACCUCACCGGGUUCAUGCUCGAGGGCGCGGCGCACGCGGCGCGGGCGAGGGAGGGAUCGAAGAACGACCUCGUGAACCUGCUCGUCGCUGUGCUGCGUUCGGCGGGGAUCCCGGCGCGGCUCGUGAUCGCUGUGGAUCCGAUCGAGACGGACCGUGCCAAGUUCCCGGUGUUCAAUGUGUGGGCGGAGUUCGCGUUGUACGACGAGCCGGCGGACCGGCUCGAAUGGAUCCCGGUGGACAUCCUCGAGCAGCAGGCGUUCAGCUCGCGGGCCCCGGCGAUCGAUCAGCCCUGGGAAUACUUCGGGAAGAACCUCACGCUCGACGUGAUGCUGCCGGUCGCCUCCAGGUGGGAACCCCUCCGCGAGGGGUUCCUGGCGGAGUCGGCGCCGGUCUUCUAUGGGUGGUUGACCGAGCCGAUCCCGCAGUGGUGCCGGCAGGAGAUCCGAGUCGUGGGGUUCGAUACACCCAUGAAGCCGGGGUACAUCGAGCUGGAGAAGCGGAAAGAGCGGUCGAGGCCGCCCCAGCACUGCCCGCGGUGGAUCCGCCGGUGGCUGCUCGCGGCUGGCAUCUACAACAUCGUCUGGGGCACGGCCGUUGUCGCGUUCCCGAUGCUGAUCUUCCGCUCGCUCGGGCUCGCCGAGCCGGUGUACCCGCAGAUCUGGCAGUGCGUCGGGAUGAUCGUGGGCGUGUACGGCGUCGGGUAUCUCAUCGCGUCCCGGGAUCCGGCGCGUCACUGGCCGAUCGUUCUGGUCGGUCUGCUCGGCAAAGUUUUCGGUCCGAUCGGUUUCGUGCACGCGAUCUGGACGGGCUCGUUCCCCUGGGCGUUCGGCGUGACCAUCGUGACGAACGAUUUGAUCUGGUACCCCGCCUUCUUUGCGGCGCUCGCCUUUGCGUGGAGAUCUUCAAUGACGAUCGAACAGGAUAUCGAGAGCCCGCUGAACGCCCGCGAAGCGAUGGCGCGAUUCGAGGCGUCGUCGGGGCGGAGUGUUGCGGAAGAGUCGCGUGAGGGCGGGCUGCUGGUGGUGUUCCUGCGUCACGCGGGGUGCACGUUCUGCCGCGAGGCGAUGGGCGAUCUCCGUGAUCAGCGCGAGACCCUUCGCGCCUCGGGCGUUCGGAUCGUGCUCGUCCACAUGAGCCGGGACGGGUCCAUCGAACGGCUCGCGGCGAAAUACGGGCUCGGCGACGUGCUGUUCGUGUGCGAUCCGGACCGCGAGCUGUACCGCGCGUUCGAGCUUCGUCGCGGCACGCUCGGGCAGCUGUUCGGUGUGCGGGUCGUCUGGCGUGCGGUGCUCGCGACACUGCGCGGUCACGGCAUCGGCAAGCUGGCCGGCGACGGGUUCCAGAUGCCGGGGGCGUUCCUGGUGCGGGACGGCGAGAUCGUGCGGGCGUACCGGCACGAGACGGCCGGGGACCGACCGGACUACUGCGUGCUGGCGUCGGCGUAG